AUGAUCUAUCUAUCUAUCUAUCUAUCGCAGCCUCCCUUUCUUUAUUUCUCUCUCUCUCUCUCUCUCUCUCUCUCUCUCUCUCUAUCUCUGCCUAAGUAUCCUCCUUUCUUUCUUUCUUUCUUUCUUUCAAUCUAUCUAUCUAUUGUAGCAUCCUUUUCUUUCUUUCAUUCUUUCUUCCUUUCUUUCUUCCUUUCUUAUUCUGUUGUAAGUCUCUCUCUCUCUCUUUCUCUCUCUCUAAGUAUCCUCUUUUCUACCUAUCUAUCUAUCUAUCUAUCGCAGCUUCCCUUUCUUUCUUUCUUUCUUUCUUUCUUAUUCUUAUCCUCUUUUCUAUCUAUCUAUCUAUCUAUCUAUCUAUCUAUUGUAGCAUCCUUUUCUUUCUUUCAUUCUGUCUUCCUUUCUUUCUUCCUUUCUUAUUCUGUUGUAAGUCUCUCUCUCUCUCUCUCUCUCUCUCUCUCUCUCUCUCUAAGUAUCCUCUUUUCUAUCUAUCUAUCUAUCUAUCUAUCUAUCUAUCGCAGCCUCCUUUUCUUUCUUUCUUUCUUAUUCUGUUUUGUAAGUCUCUCUCUCUCUCUCUCUCUCUCUCUCCUGUCUAAGUAUCCUCUUUUCUAUCUAACUAUCUAUCUAUCUAUCUAUCUAUCUAUCUAUCUAUGUUUUGAAAUUAACGUGUCCCAGAAAGGUAGAGCCUCUGUAUAUAUCUAUCUAUCUAUCUAUCACUGUUCAUAUCUAUCUAUCUAUCUAUCUAUGUCGAUAUCUAUCUAUCUAUGUUCAUAUCUAUCAAUCUAUAUAUCUCUGUUUAUAUCUAUCUAUCUAUCACUGUUCAUAUCUAUCUAUCUAUCUAUCUAUCUAUCUAUCUAUGUCGAUAUCUAUCUAUCUAUGUUCAUAUCUAUCAAUCUAUAUAUCUCUGUUUAUAUCUAUCUAUCUAUCACUGUUCAUAUCUAUCUAUCUAUCUAUCUAUCUAUCUAUCUAUCUAUGUCGAUAUCUAUCUAUCUAUGUUCAUAUCUAUCAAUCUAUAUAUCUCUGUUUAUAUCUAUCUAUCUAUCACUGUUCAUAUCUAUCUAUCUAUCUCGGUUAAUAUCUAUCUAUCUAUCUCUGUUCAUAUCUAUCAAUCUAUCUCUGCUUAUAUCUAUCUAUGUAUCUCACUGCAUAUCUAUCUAUCUAUCUAUCUAUCUAUCUAUCUAUCUAUCUAUCUAUCUCUGUUCAUAUCGAUCAAUCUAUCUAUCUAUCUCUGUUCAUAUCUAUCAAUCUAUCUCUGCUUAUAUCUAUCUAUGUAUCUCACUGCAUAUCUAUCUAUCUAUCUAUCUAUCUAUCUAUCUCUGUUCAUAUCGAUCAAUCUAUCUAUCUAUCUCUGUUCAUAUCUAUCAAUCUAUCUCUGCUUAUAUCUAUCUAUGUAUCUCACUGCAUAUCUAUCUAUCUAUCUAUCUAUCUAUCUAUCUAUCUCUGUUCAUAUCGAUCAAUCUAUCUAUCUAUCUCUUUUCAUAUCUAUCAAUCUAUCUCUGCUUAUAUCUAUCUAUGUAUCUCACUGCAUAUCUAUCUAUCUAUCUAUCUAUCUAUCUAUCUAUCUAUCUAUCUAUCUCUGUUCAUAUCGAUCAAUCUAUCUAUCUAUCUCUGUUCAUAUCUAUCUAUGUAGCUAGCUCGGUUAAUAUCUAUCUAUCUAUCUAUCUAUCUAUCUAUCUAUCUAUCUAUCUAUCUACGCCCUUAUCUACCUAUCUCUGUUCAUAUCUAUCUAUCUAUCUAUCUAUCUAUCUAUCUAUCUAUCUAUCUAUCUAUCUCAGUCUCCUUCUAUCUUUCUGUAUAUCUAUUUAUCAAUCUUCCUUCAUCUGA